CCUUAAUAGCAUUUCUUAACAAUGGAAAACUUUUACUUAUCCAUAGCUCUCUUCUUCCUUCUUCCUUUUCUGGUUUUACCCUUUGAGGAUAAAAAGGUACACAUUGUACUCUUGGGAGAUGAUGGUAUUAACAAAACAUCCCAAGAGAUUGAAAAAUAUCACCAUUCAUACCUAUUAUCUGUCAAGGAAAACGCAGAAGAUGCAUCAUCUUCUCUUCUCUACAGUUACAAGAAAAUCAAUGGCUUCGCGGCGGUUCUCACGUCCCCUGAAGCUCUCAAACUUUCGGAAAUGGAGGAUGUGAAGUCUGUGUUCCGGAGCAAUGUAAGCAGAUACAAGCUGCACACAACGCGAUCAUGGGGAUUUUCCGGUUUAAACGAGCCAACAGGAGGAGGAUCCGACAAGGGAAACUUAUGGUUGGAAUCGAACUAUGGCAGUGAUGUCGUUAUUGCGGUUAUAGACACAGGCGUGUGGCCGGAGUCUCAAAGCUUCAACGACAACGGGAUGGGUCCCAUACCGAAGUCUUGGAAAGGAAAAUGUCAACGAGGCCAUGCAUUCAACUGCUCAAAUUGCAAUAGAAAGAUUGUGGGUGCCCGGUACUACCUCAAGGGUUUUGAAAAAGAGAUCGGCCGGUUGAACACGACGUUAAAUAUCCGCUCGGCCCGCGACACGAUCGGGCACGGGAGCCAUACAUCCUCCACGGCCCUAGGCCGAAAAGUCGACAAUGUGUCGGCGCCCGGGGGUUUUGCUGCAGGCGCCGCCACUGGAGGCGCUCCCCUAGCCCGCCUGGCCGUCUACAAGGUGGUAUGGAAUAUCGAUGAGGACAUCCAAGGAAUAUCGGACGCGGACAUCCUCGCCGCAUUCGACGACGCUAUAGCAGAUGGGGCCAACGUCGUGAGCAUCUCGAUCGGGUUCGAGAAGGCCACUCCGUACGAUGAAGACGUCAUAGCAAUCGGCAGCCUCAACGCGGCGAAGGCGAACGUCGUGGUCUCCUUCUGUGCCGGGAACAGUGGGCCCGAACCGGCUACCGUCCUCAACGUGAGCCCGUGGGCCAUCACGGUCGGGGCAAGCACCAUCGACAGGAUAUAUUCAUCGCCCGUCGUCUUAGCAAACAAGGCCAUUAUCCCGGGUCAGUCAGUAACUUUAUUGAAGUUGAAAAAUAAGUUGUAUCCAUUAGUUUCUGCGGAUCAAGUGAGCAAAAGUGGCGUACCCAAGAACGAGUCCGGGCAAUGUGGAGAGGGUUCACUUUCUCCUGAAAAAACCAAGGGAAAAAUCGUAUUCUGUUCGGGAGGUGGACAAGAUGAGGAAUGGAUAAAAGGCAUCAGGGUGGCAAUAGCCGGAGGGAUCGGUGCCAUUUUCGGAAAUAGUAAAGCCGACGGGGACCAAUUUAUAAACAACGUCUAUACCCAUGUUCUUCCGGCCACUUCAGUCAGUUAUAGCAGCGCCCUCAAAAUUAUGGAAUACAUCAAAUCCACCAAGAAUGCAAAGGCGAAAAUCGUGCCGGCUACAACAAUCCUCGGCGCUAAACCAGCACCUAUAGUGGCUCCAUUCUCCAGCAGUGGUCCAAGUGCAAUAUCACCUCAUAUUCUAAAGCCAGACAUUGUGGCUCCUGGGUUGAACAUAUUAGCAGCCUGGACCGAAGCAUCUCCGCCUAGCGAAUAUGAUUUGCCCGGGAACAACGGGAAUCUCGUCAAGUAUUAUCUGAACUCAGGCACAUCAAUGUCGGCCCCACACGUAGCCGGCGCAUUAGCACUACUCAAGGCCGUGCACCCCACAUGGAGUAGCGCCGCCCUUCGAUCCGCCCUCAUGACCACCGCUGGACAAAGAAACAACGAGGGCAACCCGAUUACCGACUACAACGACAGCUUAUCAACCCCGUUGCGAUCCGGGUCGGGUCAUUUCGACCCGACAAAAGCAGCCGAUCCGGGACUGGUCUACGACGCUUCGUACAAGGAUUAUCUUUUGUACCUAUGCAGCACCGGAUACACUAACCUCACGCAUUCCUUCAAAUGCCCCGCAAAUCCACCGCCUCCCAACAACCUCAACUACCCGUCCCUAGCCGUGCCCGAUCUCAAAGGCACCGUCACAGUCGUUAGGACAGUCACCAAUGUCGGCGGCUGUGGGGCCGUCUACUUCGCCAGCAUCCAGCCUCCGCCAGGUGUCGACGUGAAUAUAUCGCCUUCCGUGCUCCGAUUUACGCAGGUGAACGAGAAGAAAAAAUUCACCAUCACCGUAAAAGCAAACGACAAUGCGGAGAAACGAAAGUACGUGUUCGGAUCGUACAAGUUGUCCGACGGCAAACAUAAUGUGUUUAGCCCCAUUGCAGUUUUUGUGGCCUAAGUUUGUGUUUCCAUUAAAUCAUAAUCAUCACGGAGUUGGUUUUUUACAGUUGUUUUGAAUAACUCAUAAUAAAAGUUGGAGCUUGUUAUUUAGAUUAAUAAAUAAAAAGAAAAUUAAGAAAAAAAAAAA